AUGUUGGGUCGGUUUCUGGGAUGGAUUCCCUUGCUUUUCGGUCUUCAAGACACCUAUAUUCCUUCAAUUCAACCGCAGGAGCGCUUGAGGCCCGAGAACCGACCGUGGCAGGACAUCGUCACCGGUUUAUACGGCGUCCCCCCCCUCUUGAAGAUCCAUAACCGUGACGGGGACGUGAAAUGGAGCUUUACACGCAAGGACGUCACCCAGAGUCUGCCCCCGGGCCUGCAGAGGUGUCUCUAUAGCAAUGCGAACGACGCGACCGAACUGAAAUGGAUGAAUAAUGGUACCAGCGUCGGCGCUAUCUACAGCGACCUGGCCCUCGUCGUCAACUACACCCCGGAUAACCCGGAAACCGACAAAUUGAUCACUUUCGCGCUCUGCCGAGAUAAUGAGUUCUUUUGGAAUGCGCAUACGGUGGAGCCCUUGCCGGGGCAACUACUCGCUGUCGCGACUACCGGCCAACGACCCUGGGACGACAUCAUCGUGUACAAUGCUAGCGCCGCCAAUCCCCUCACCGACAACCCUCCCAUCGUCCAAAAUGUCACCGGACUGCGUGCCAUCCACGGCAUGAUCUGGGACGAAGAGGGCCAGAUGUUAUGGGCUGCCGGGACGGACGCCGCCGCGGACGGCUCCGAUCAUAUCCCUGCGUACGGGACCAUCGUCGGCUAUCCAUGGAACGCCACGACCGGCCUGCUGAGCAAGGAAGAUCGCUAUACCUAUAAACUGCCAGAGGCAUACGAUAUCAUGACCGAAUGGGGUCAAGGCUAUCCCUGGUGGGCCGGGUUACACGAUCUCGUGCCGGUUCCCAACCAGCGCAAGUUCUUGGUGUCGGAGGAUCGCGGGCUUCACGCGUUCGAUAUCGAGCUCGGUCGAUUCACCGAGCACUACGAGAACGUGACCGAUAAAUAUAUGCAAGGAUUCGAGUGCACCACCAACGAUCGCCACGGCUAUAAUAGCGACGGAGAGUGGGAGGAGUUGCCGCAGUCCGACCUGAAGAGUUUCAACCUCGCACCCGAUGGAAGCUUCAUCUACGUGCAGUCUCUGUGGACCAAGUUCCGUGGGUUCCAUACCAGUUUGGUGGUUAAUGGAAAGCGACGCAAGAUCAACAUCGGCGAUGAGAUCUAUCGUUCACGCUGGUUUGGAGACAUUGAUGGCUGGCCCAAGCCCAAGUUUUAA